AUGAAUAAUGUUUUAGCUUAUAACAAUAAUAAUGACGAUGAGGUCAUGAAUGCUGCUGCAACAAAGGUGCAGAAAGUUUACAAGAGCUACAGAACAAGAAUAAACCUUGCAGAUUGUGCUGUCGUUGUUGAGGAACUAUGGUGCAAAGCAUUAGAUUUUGCUGCUCUCAGGAGGAGUUCAGUGUCGUUUUUCGACUCAGAUAAGUCAGAAACUGCGAUUUCCAGAUGGUCAAGAGCUAGGAUAAGGGCUGCCAAGGUUGGAAAAGGUUUGUGCCAGUAUGAGAAGGCUCAGAAAUUAGCUCUAAGACACUGGCUUGAAGCUAUUGAUCCACGUCAUCAUUACGGACACAAUCUACACAUAUAUUAUGGUGUUUGGUUUCAAAGCAAGAGCUCCCAACCAUUCUUCUACUGGUUGGACGUAGGAGAUGGGAAAGAAAUCACUCUUGAAAAAUGUCCAAGGACUGUUCUCAAUCUUCAGUACAUAAAAUACCUCGGGCAGAUAGAGAGACAAGCCUAUGCAGUGAUUGUGGAAAGUGGGAAGCUACUCUACAUGCAAACUGGAUGCCACGUGGAGACUUCUGAGGGUGCCAAGUGGAUUUUUGUGCUAAGCACAUCCAGAAAAUUGUGUGUGGCUAAGAAGAUUAAGGGCAUAUUCCAACACUCUAGUUUUCUAGCCGGUGGUGCCACCAUUGCAGCUGGAAGAAUUGUUGCCCAUAAUGGGAUUAUUGAGGUAUAA